AUGAGUCAAAGAGAUGAGGUCCAGCGCCAAUAUGAAGCCUUAAAGGCUGAUUCUGAAGGACUUCAGGUUCACCUGAAUGAGGCAUUUAUAGCUGAGGCUUGUGAAUCACAUCUUGAUGAAUAUAAAGCCUCUGCAGACAUGAAAGCUGCUGUUCUUCAGAAAGCCUUCCGCAUGUACGUAACCGGCUACAAUCGCGGCUCGUUAGCUGUGUCUUCUGAAGAAGAAUCUGAGCCGGAUGGGGAGGACAUGGAAGUCCCUGAAUCUGAAGAAGGCGACCCUGAUUCUGAAGGGGAAGACUUUAACCCAGGGUUGGAGAUUGCCCCGGUUGUUGAUAUUGAGAAAUCUGACCCAAAGGAUACCGGGCUUCCUUCAAAUAUGAUUGUAAAUAAAAAUAGUGUAGGCAAGGAUGUUCUUAAAAAUUUAAUGGCAAUGGCUGCUUUUGUUACCAUUCUUUUCUUGUUAAUUGCCGCAGCAAAUCUCAGCAUCAGCUCCUGCUUCCAAAAUUCCAACUAUGUGGGUUGCAUUGAGGAGGAGAAACAAGCUCUUUUAAGGUUCAAGCAGGAUCUAAUUGAUCCUUCCAACCGGCUAGCCUCUUGGGUUGGCCACCGGGACUGCUGUAAAUGGGCUGGAGUAGUCUGCAACAAAGAAACAGGCUAUGUAAGCGAGCUCCGUCUGAAUAAUCCUCCCUUGAAUGAUUACUCAUCAGAUGUAAAAUAUAAGGCUUAUGAGAUGUCAAAACUAGGAGGUCAGUUAAAUCCUUCGCUUCUCGGUUUGAAGAAUCUUAUUCAUUUGGACCUGAGUGACAAUAACUUUGUGGGCAACUCGAUUCCUGAAUUUAUUGGUUCCAUGGUUAGUUUAAGGUACCUUAAUCUCUCUGUGUCGGGUUUCCAGGGAAAGGUUCCUCAUCAACUUGGAAAUCUUUCAAACCUGCAGUAUCUCGAUCUUCAAGCCAACCGGUUGUAUGUGGAAAAUCUUCAAUGGCUUUCUGGCCUUUCUUUUCUGGAAUUCCUGGAUUUGAGUAUCAUAGACCUCAGCACAACGACUGAUUGGCUACAGGUUGUAACCAAACUCCCUUCUCUGCUAGAGUUGCGCUUAUCAAAUUGUCUACUUGGUGAACUUCCUCUUUUAGAAGAUGUUAAUGUUUCUUCUUCUCUUACCGUCCUCGAUCUUUCUUGGAACUGGUUUGACUACUCUUUGAUUCAUAGGUGGAUCUUUCGUCUUAGCAAUCUCAUGUCUCUCAAUCUCCAAGCAAAUAAUCUUCAAGGUCCAAUCCCUGAUAAUCUUCAGAACUUGACUUCACUAAAGAUUCUUGAUUUAUCAUUUAACUAUUUAAGUUCAGGUUUGCCCAAUUGGUUCCACAGUUUCAGUCAGCUUGAGUACCUUAAUUUUUGCUCCUGCAACCUGCAGGGUUCAAUGUCUACUGCCAUUUCCAACCUGAGCUCUACUUUUAAUAACCUUGAAAUUUCAUUCAAUUCUGAGUUAAGUGGGAAAAUUCCAAGAUCAUUUGGAAAACUUUGCAACUUGGUGUCCAUUUCCCUGACGGGUGUUAAACUUGGCCAAGAUAUAUCUGAAGUUGUGGAAAUUUUAUCAGGCUGUGCUUCUAAUACCUUAGAGUCGGUGUAUAUGGGGCGUUGUCAACUUUCUGGUCAUUUGAUUAACCAACUUGGGAGAUUCAAUCGUCUUAAUCUUUUGUCCCUGUGGGGCAAUUCAAUUUCUGGUCCAAUUCCAGAGUCUCUAGGUGAACUUCCAUCCCUGAAAACUCUAUACCUUUAUGGUAACAAAUUGAAUGGAAGUCUUCCUACAAAUUUUGGCAAGCUUGCAAAAUUAGAAGACGCUGUAAUCUCUCAGAAUUUUCUGGAGGGUGUUGUUUCAGAAGUUCACUUCGCUAAUCUCACAAGAUUGAAGGCCUUCAUUGCGCAUGGAAACUCACUGAAGCUGAAAGUUGACGCAGACUGGGUUCCUCCUUUUCAUGUUGAAGCCUUAGCACUGGGAUCUUGGCAAUUAGGUCCUCGAUUUCCGUCUUGGCUUCAGUCUCAAGAGCAUUUAUUAAACUUGGAUAUUUCUAAUUCGGGAAUUUUUGAUUCUGUUCCUGCUUGGUUCUGGAACUUGUCUUACCAGUUCACAGUUCUUGAUCUAUCCCACAAUCAAAUUUAUGGACAAAUUCCCAGCAUAGAUGUGUUUUCAUACUCGCUGGUAAUUGAUUUGAGCUCAAAUAAAUUUAUGGGUCCAUUGCCACGGGUCUCCUCUCGUGUAGCUGCUUUGGAUGUUUCCAACAAUUCAUUAUCAGGAUCAAUAUCCAAUUUCCUGUGUGGCAAGUUGAAUGAACUAAGCGGAACCCAAGUUCUCAAUCUUGCUGAUAACCAUUUCUCUGAUGAAAUACCUGACUGCUGGGGAAAUUGGCAAACCUUGGUCGCCAUAAAGUUGGCUAACAACAAAUUUUCAGGUAAGAUUCCAGGCUCACUGGGAAGUUUGAGUUCCCUUCAGUCAUUGAGCCUACGCAACAACAGCCUCUCUGGAGAGCUACCUCUGUCCCUGAGAAAUUGUUCCAACUUGGUAUCAAUUGAUUUCUCUCAGAACAACUUUGCUGGAAGUAUACCGACAUGGAUGGGAAAAUGGCUUCCAAACAUAAAGAUCCUCAGCCUUCAUUCAAACAAGCUUCAUGGUGCCAUACCUGAUGAGCUAUGUGCUCUAAAUUCUCUCCAGAUCUUGGACCUGGGACAGAAUGAGUUGUCAGGAACUAUACCAAGGUGUAUCAACAACUUUCAAGCCAUGAUCACAAAGAAUGAUUCAGCAACUACAUCCAUAAGCUAUGCAACUUCUUCAGGGAGUUAUUUUGAGGAUGCACUGCUUGUCAUCAAAGGCAGAGUGGUCGAAUAUAGCACAACGCUUAAAUUAGUCAGAAGCAUGGACCUAUCCGACAAUUUGUUAUCAGGAGAGAUUCCCAAUAAGCAAAUCACAAGCCUUCAGGGUUUACAGUCGCUGAACUUGUCACACAAUCUUUUGACUGGAAGGGUUCCUGAAAACAUAGGUGCUAUGAGAGAAUUAGAAUCACUUGAUCUCUCCAUGAAUCAACUUUCUGGAGAAAUCCCACAAAGCAUUUCAAGUUUGACGUUUUUGAGUCACUUGAACUUGUCCUACAACAAUUUGAUCGGAAAAAUUCCAUCAAGCACUCAAUUACAAAGCGUUAGCGCGUCCAGCUUUGUGGGGAACAAACUCUGUGGGGCACCACUUGCAGAGAUUUGCAAUGAAGAUAACACAACAUCUAAGAUUGAGAAUGAUGGAGAAGAAAGUAAAGGGCUUGAAGUAGAAUGGAAGAUUUUUAGUGAGCAGGUCUGCGAGCUGAGCCGUGGUGGAGACAUAAGAAGGACAGAUGAAACCGCGUUGAAAUUGCUCACGGACAAUGUGACAAUCGAUGGCAAUGUGUUUAGUUCGUUCGUGAAACACCGGGUUAGCGGCAAUGUGCAAGGCAGCCUUGUUGUCACAGUGGAGGGAGAUUGGCAGCUGAAUAGGGACCUGAAACCAAUGACGAGCCAAAGAAGAUGCAGAACCCAGUAA